UGAUUCGCACACCCUGCAUAAAAGCAGGCGGCUUCGCUGAGAGCAAACAUCUCCUUGCACCCCAGCCGAGCGAGGCGGACGAGGUCUGGAGCUGCCUGCAGCAGUGGGCAGGACCGCGGGGACAGGCAGGGCUGCCCGCCCGGGUGGCGGGAGUCACCCGCAGCGAUAGGCACCGUGCCAGCCCUCCUCCAAGGCUGGCUCACCCAGCAGACCGGCUGCAGUGCUGCCAGGGACCGGGAGGCCUGCCGGCAUCUCUGCCUCUGCCCAUUUACAUGGGCAGCCACGGAGGUGGGGCCGAGCUGCUCUUUCCCUCUCCACAGCAUCCGACGGUGCGGGAGAGUGAGCACUCGGGGUAGUGAUUAACGGGAGCGGCUUCAACCCUCACCGGGACGAGAUGGGGAGGAAGCUGGACCUCUCCAAGCUAACCGAUGAAGAAGCCAAGCACGUUUGGGAAGUCGUUCAACGAGACUUUGAUCUGCGGAAAAAAGAGGAGGAACGGCUGGAGGAGCUAAAAUGCAAGAUCAACCAGGAGAGCAGCAAGAGAGAGUUCCUGACAAAUCAGUCACACCUCAAUGAAACCCACUGUGUCCACUGCCUCCAGCCCUUCAAGUUCCUGCUCAACAGCAAGCGGCAGUGCCAGGACUGCCACUUCUACACCUGCAAGAACUGCAGCCGCUACAACAAGAAGGAGCAAGGCUGGGUCUGCGAUCCCUGCCGCCUCUCCAGGAUCGUGAAGAUCGGUUCCCUGGAGUGGUACUAUGAACAUGUGAGAUCCCGUUUCAAGAGGUUUGGAAGUGCCAAGGUGCUGCAGUCUCUCUACGGCAGGCUGCAGCCGGGGCAUGGCGCCAACUCCGCAUUUCUAGGUCGUCAGGACAGAGUUUACAGCCUGCCAGACAUUAACAGUGAGUGCCAGCUCUUCACCAGUGGUGACAUUGGGGAUGACAAUAAUGAUGAAGACAAUGUCCUUUGCGGAGCUGAAGCAGAGUGCUACAGCAGAAUGUGCAAAACAAAGCGCCUGCUGUCUGUGCAUCCCUUUGAUUUUGAACUGGACUCGGAGUACUCUGCUCAGUCUCGUCGCCAGUCUGUACAGCUCCCUCCAGCAGCCAGCAGCCCGGACGCUUUCCAGGAGCAGGGACCAGGCAGGAUCCCUCCAGAGCAGCACUUCAGCACAGAGGUUCGGCUCACCGUCAACUCGCGGAGAAGGAGCCUGGAAAGAAAUGCCAGACCUGACAGCCCCUGGAACGAGCAGCCCCGGUCCCGGUACUCUGCAGACAUGGACACCUCUGAUGAGGACAUGAAGGAAGCCCAGUUCCCGGCCUACCCACCCCACCAUGUGAAACGACGUAACAGAGCCUCUUCCCAGGAGAAUGCCAGCCACUCUGGGAACCAGAUCCAUGAGCUCAACAAACGCAUGUCUGCAAUCGAACGCGUGCUGAACCGCUUGGAGGAAAAGAUCCUGGCGAGCUCUGAGGAGUCUCCAGCCCCAGACUCCCAGCUUGAUCCCGAUGCAGAGGAGGAGGAGUUGAAGAGGAAGCUGGAGGAGUUAGCCAGAAACAUCAGUGACAAGGAAGUCUCUUCUGAAGAAGAGGAGCAUGAAGAAAAGAAGAGAGCAAAGAAACCUGAGAUGAGUCCCUCCAGUCAUGACAUGGCCAGAGAUGCUCGAAAGAGGUCAUCAGCUCAGGCUUUGAGCGAAAUCACGGCCAAAGUGCUGAGAACCAUAAACACCACAGAGAAAGCGGUGUGUGAGUUGUAUGGAGAGAACCAGUGCACCGGUGGCUGUGUCCUCCCCGCAGGGCAUCCUCCCAGCCUGGGAGAUGGGAAAGAGGUGGCCGAAGCGUACCGUGAGCUUGAAGAAAAUGUGUAUCUGACUGCUGGGAAGACCUUCCGGCUUGAGAACACCCUGAAAGAGCUUGAAGAAGGGGCUCAGCACAGCGGCACGACUGACUCGGAGCUGUCAGAGCUGGAGGAUAAAGUGGCCUCAGCAGCUGCUCAGGUGCAACAGGCAGAGAACGAGGUUUCCGACAUCGAAUCUCGGAUUGCGGCUCUGUCAGCUGCGGGGCUGACAGUGAAGUCAGUGGAAAAGGCAAGGAAGAAGUCGACUGGGCAGGCUGCCUGCCUCCACUCUCCCGGUCCCGCCAGCAGCAGUCCCGGGGAGUCUUCGGAUGACGUUAAAGCGAUGCCUGGACUGCAGGGGUUCAGGAGGAAGUUCAACAGUCCCCUCGAAAUCACUGGUCUUGACGACUCCUUUGACCGCAACUCUGUUUACCGUGGCUCCCUGACGCAGAGAAACCCCAACGGGAAGAACAGAAGAGUGGAGAGGCUCUUUGCGAAGCCUGUGAUGACCCACCUGUCCUGAGGAGAGGGGGAACCUCCUGCCACUGCAUUUCACUGAUGCAAGACCUCAGCGCAAAGCCUCACUGCCUUCCCCACAACUCCUGCUCUUCCUUCUGCCAUCUCCAUCUCUCCCUGAAGCCCCGGACAGAAGGGGAGCCAGUGGUUGUGGGCAGGAAGCCUUGCUGGUAGCUGCCAGGGAGAGGAGCAAGGCACUGGGGUGCAGACCCAUGGCUAGGGGCUCUCAUGGGAGGAUGCAGGCAUGAUACCUUUGCUUAAGACUGCUUUUUGGUAGCAGGUUAACCAAGGGGACCAGAGAGGUGCAGAGAAGGAGUGACUUCCUCGGAGGGAGCUGGAUGCCAGUGUGCCUUUCCAGCAUGGGGACCAGGGGCAGUGGUACCUUGUCAAAAGCUGUCAGUGCCUGUCCCUGCUCGCUCAGCUGCUGGUGCUGAGUGGUGACAGGAGCUGACAGUGGGUGCAGGAUGCCCUUGGGUACCUCAGGUAAAGCAGGGACCCAGGCACCCUGGGCUGGGAUUCACAUCCCAGUGCUGGUCCCAACUCCCUGCAGUGUCCCUUGGAGCAUCUCCUCCCUUCCCUGAGCAGCAAAGCAGGGUGAGAGCAGUGCUGGCUCCCUCCCAGUGAGCACUUGGCCAACAGGUCUUUGCACAAAGUCAUGCAAACACCCACGGAGGCUUCUUGCCAUCGUGUCUGAAGCAACCGUGACCAUGUGGGGAUGUGAGCAAGGCAAGGCUUGCGGGAAGUGGUGGCAAGAAAGGCUGGAGGGCUUGUUGGGGGUCAGUUGUUUUUUACAGCACUCAAAGAUAUCCCCUCUCCAUGUAAGGCUAUAUUAGCAAGUUCAGAAGGACUCCAGAAGGACUGUGUAGGUGCUCCCUUGGAGGCUUUCCCCACCCUGCAGAGGGGUGAGCCCAUACCAAGAGGCACUUUGGAUGUCCCCUGUCCUGAUGAUGGAAUUGUAGAACCUGAUAGGACCAUCCGAUCCUUUGGAGGGGCUGUGAUGGCUUUUGGGAGCUGCAGUGGCCCUGGGUUCGUAGCAGGUGACAGCAGAUUUGGUAGCGCCCUCCCUUCAAUACCACAAUUGCUUGUUUUCCUCAGCAAUUAAUUCUGCGCAUCCCUGUGGAGCAGUGUCUGUCCCCAUACCCGUCGGGAUGGGGAGGGGGCUGCUUUCUCUUGCAGGUCACUUUGAAGGAGAUUCUUGUUAAAAGAUUUUGCUCGGUACCUGCUGGUCCCUGUUCUUUAUAGCCCCAAUCUCCCUCCCUCUGCAGCGGGCGAUGCUGGACGGAUCGCUCACAGCCAGAGCAGGUAUGUCAGACCAGUGCUGGCAGUUCCCCAUCAAUGGCUAGACAGGCUGGACUGGUUUAGGCUAUUCCUGUGCAUAUGAACUAAACCCACUUUAAUUAUGAGUAGUAGCGUGAAUUCUCAUCCAAGUAACACUUACGUUUAGCUUUCACAGUAGAAGAGGCUCCUAACUGCCUAGAAAUGGUUCCAUGGUCAUCCCGGAGCAGUCCAUAGGCUGGGAUUCCCAGCUGGAAACAAAACCACUUUCUUAUUUUUAAAUGAAAUCCUUCAAAAGGGUAAGUGCAAACUGCUGCCAUUGUAGAAACUCUCCCAGGCACCGCAGCAUUAUCGGGUCCAUCUCUUGCUGCUCAGCCAGCCUCAGUGCUAGGAUAGCAGCUCCUUGGCUAGCAUCCUAGAAGAGAGCUCCAUGAAGAUCUGGGCAAUGCUAUGGGUUUGCACCCACCCUUCUGCUGUCAGGGUUCAGCCUUUGCCCCAACCGUAUCUCUUGCUGUAUCUGGUUUCAGCCAUAACUCAAGUCCUUCCACACAACUGCUCGGAUGCUUGACCCUGAGAAGUAGUCCUUGCAGUGAGCCUCAGCAGGGCAAGUUAAGGCAUCUUUCAGGCUUUUUAGUCAUCCACGUUGUUUUUUGCUGGUUUCCUGCCCCAUCUGCCCGUGUAGAGAUUAUAUAUAUGUAUACAAAAUCAUGCAAUAAAGCCAAUAUUGUGUCCAGAACCUGGGA